AUGUUCCGUCAAGCUAUUGCCCGACCCCUGGUCACUGCCAACCGCACAGUGACCCGCCGUACCUUCUCCGUUGCCGUCCCCCGGAUGGGCGAGGGCGACACCGGUGCUCCCCGGGCUGGAGGCGCAGCUUCUGGUGACCAGUUCACCAAGCGUGAGGCUGCCCAGGAGGCUGUGUACAUUCGUGAGAAGGAGCUGGAGAAGCUGCGAACCCUGAAGAAGACCAUCACGGAACAGCGCAAACACCUCGAUGAUUUGGAGGGCCACAUUGACAAACUCACCAAGGAGCAAGGCAAGUCCUAG